AUGGUUUUCGUCAAUGCUUUGAUUGCCGUUGGCGUAGCCGCAUUCGUAAGGGACCCGGAAGCACAGGCCAAGACAUUCAAGGAGCGCUUCCUAGCUUUAUACUUGGGCGGAAUGCGUGAUUUGUGCAACGAGGUUUCGAGAGUUACUCUUUUCUUUCCUCAGCGCAACAUGGCUGGAACAUCUGCCAUUGGCCUUCUCCCCACGUUGUUCUGUGGAUGCUUGACGCGGCCAUUCUUUAUGUUCCGGCCUUCAACGUACUGGUGUGUGUGCAUCAAGCAUUUGGUACCUUUCGUCAUGCUUGUAACAAUAUCUGAUGCAUGGCACCGCUUUGACCUGCAUUGGGAUUCAAUGAAGCGGUCUCCCAACAUGAGGAAUUUCGGUGCCGCUUUGCUCGGAAUGGCCGCUUGCUUCCUCGUAUUAACACCUCUGAUACCCAAAGUCCGCGACUGGGUGAGGCCAGUUGCAGAGGACUACAUGUCAACAUUGGCGUUCCCAAGCCACCCCUUCGUGCCGUGGCGCCGGAUGUCCUUCUUGUCACUGAUGCCGACACUAUUUCGCGAACAUCUCGCGCGUUCAAAAGAACCCUCGGCUACUGUCAAGAGCCUCAUGCUCGAGUACAAGAAGCAGAGGCUACCCUUCAUGACCUCCUUCCCUGCAGAAGGCGGAGCUGCCAUUUCAGAAAUGGAAUUGGCGCUACAGCAGCCGCGCCUCCGUGAUAGGAGCUUAGAUCUUCAGCCAAGGCAGCAGCAAACACAGCAGCUGUCCUUCGGCAGCAAGAACUCAGACGACAGGGAUCUGUGA